AACUGCAACACAAAAUGAAUCCAUCGCUCUGUAUAGGUUUAUGUGUGAUAAUAUUGUUGGAUCAGAGGAGCAUGUAAAAACAAUCAGAAUGAUGAACACUGUCAGAGACAAUUUACAAAGCAACAAUUAUUGCACACAUAUCACCAGUGGAAGCUUUGGAGAAGGGCUGGAGAUGAAAGGUAGUGAUUUGGACAUAAUGUAUGUUAUUAAAGUAAUCGAGGUAUGCGAAGACGCAAACUUUCGUAGCAAACGUGAGACAUCAUAUUUUAUAAUGCAAAUAGAAGACAGCCAGCCAGGUUUCAUACAAUUACAGCUAGUAUACACUAAUGAUCAGAUUAUCCAUAAUGAUUGUGAAAAGAUAGGAUAUGAUUACUACUACUCAAGUUUUUUAUUUAAACGACAUUUUGCAGAAAACACAGUUGCCACUGUUCAUGGCCCAUGCUUAUCCGACGAACGGGGAAUAUUAGACUUAGCAUUCUGCUUGCAUAGUAAGUCUUGGGUAACACCAGCAAAACAAUGGAUAACACGAUCAAAUACCUCCUGGCCGAUGUGCGAAGUAAAACAGACAAUUUUAAAACAUGGUGUUCUCUUUGUACCAAUAGGUGUAAAAGGAUCUAUGAAAGAAGAUUUAGAAUGGCUCAUAUCAUUUUCCGUUGGAGAAAAACUUCUUAUUUUUACAUUUACGCAUACUCAGUUACUAUGUUACGCUCUAAUGAAAAUACUUCUUAAAGAUGUUAUAGCUUCAAACCUAAAUGUUUCAGAUUUGCUUUGUUCAUAUUUCAUGAAAACCGUUAUGUUUUUGAUAUCUGAAGAAUUAUCUACAUCAAUAUGGAAGCCUGAAAAAAUUGAUAUCUUGUUUCAUGAGAUGUUUUAG